AUGGCGUCGCUCAGCCUGGGGCUCCGCGGAGCCGCGAGGAGCGGAGCGGUGGAGAGGAGGAAUCUGCUCGCCGUGUGCAGGUUGUCAGUGAAGACCUUGCUUGACCACUCCUGUUUCGACACCAUAGACGAUUCAUCUCCGGAUUUCACCAACUUCGUUUCUAUCCUGGAACAUAUCCUCAGUCACCGGCUCAAAGGUCAGAUGACGUGGUUUGGCUACGAGAGCCCUCGGAGUUUUUGGGAUUACGUGAGAGUGGCCUGCAGUAAGGUCCCUCACAGCUGUAUCCGCAGCAUCGAGAGCAUGGAGAAUGUGCGGUCGUCGCGAGCCAAGGGCAGGGCAUGGAUCAGGGUUGUUCUGAUGGAGAAGAGACUGUCGGAGUACAUCUCCUUCAUACUCCGGGACUUUAAAACGACGAGGAGAUUCUACGGGGAUGGGGCAAUUAUGCUGGGAGAGGAGGCGGGGCUUCUGGCAGACACCCUCAUCGGGCUCAACACCAUGGAUUUUAGCUUCUGCCUGAAGGGCGAGGGUCUGGACGGCGCCUGCCCCGCCGUGAUCGACUACACGCCCUACCUGAAGUUCACUCACAACGCAGACAGCAUUAGCAGCGACGAGGAGGAGAUGAGGACCCUGGGGAGCAGCGGCAGCGAGAGCGGCACUCCCGAGAAGAUGGCCACCGCCGCCGCCAUCUUCACCGAGCAGAGCAGCUUGGUUAGCAAAUGCAAACGCCUCGAGCAGAAGUACCGCAUGGCGCUGGAGCAGAAGAGUUACCUAGAGGAGCUGGUUCGUCUGAGAGAGGCCCAGCUGUCGAAGGCCGAGUCCCAUAACACAGUCCUGCAUCAGAGGCUGGCCGACAUACACCUUUCUCACACGGUGGAGAAAGAACAGCUGGAGUACAUCAUCCUUGAGCUACAGGACCAGCUGACGGUGCUCAAGAAUAAUGACAUCCGGUCCAGACAGGAGCUGAGUGCCCACCUGACCAAUCAGUGGCCAUCCCCCAGUGCCUUGGACGACAACGCUGUUGCUUUGGACACGCUGCUGUACAGGAAGAGGACCGGACAAUGGGAGGAGAAGAGCUUCCAAAGUCUCGAGCAGCUGUCUGCAGACAUGAGCCUCUCCCAGACUUCUCUAGAGCCUUCCAACACGCUCAGCCUAGAGAACAGACCAGGCGGCGGACACUGGCCACGCCACGGUAAAGAGGAGACUCCGUCUCUCAGGGGUCUGUGCGGCUCCCUGACCUCGGUAGCCAGCUACAAGUCCUUGGCGAGCCUGAAGUCCAGCGAGUGUUUGGUCAGUCCCACCACAGAGAUGAGCAGCCCGGGCCUCACGCCUUCCUAGGAGACGGACGCCUGUCUGACGGACAAACACUAGACCCAGACAAUCCGGCAAGGGCCUGC